CCAGAGCACUGCAGCCUGCAGGACGGCUUUAACAAGUUCAACCUCGAUAAGAUAAACGCCCAAACCCGCGCUGCCAUGGACAUCGAGUGGCCCAGCUACACCACGGAGAAUCCCUGUUUCUGGGAGCACGAAUGGGACUGCCAUGGCUCCUGCAGCAACUUCUCGCAGCAGAACUACUUCCAGAAGACCCUCGACCUGCACAAGCGCUAUGACAUUGCGGCAGCGCUGGCAGCAAAGGGUAUCCAGCCCAGUGAGACCCCUGUGAGUAGGAGCGACUUCCUGGAUGCAUUGGAGGCGGAUUUUGGUGUGCGCCCGCUGCUCUACUGCCAGGGUGGCGGUGGCAAGGACUACAUCAAUGAGAUCUUCAUGUGCUUCACGCAAGACCUCAAGGCGGUAAACUGCGAGAAGGUGUGUCGCACACAGCCUUGCGAGCCGCGCGGUGCGCAGCAGUGCAAUGACGAGCUCAUCUAUAAGCUCGGCCCCGUGGCAUCGAAGGCAGAGAGACCCUGCUCUAACAACUUCAGGCAGUGCCACGAGAAGUCCGGCACCUGCAAGCGCGGCAACCAGCUCGGCCUCAAUAUGAGUGCUUGAAGGCCGAAAUAUCUUUAUACAUUCAAAAACUUAGUAGAACCCUGUUUGGCAGCCGACUUGACCAUUGCAGAGAGAAAAUUGAGCGCUCUGCCAACGCCAGGUUCACAGAGAGAUGCAGCUUGCCCACUGUGAAGGACAUAUUCAAGAUGGCUGAUGGAUCCAAGACUACUUCUGUUCUGAUCUGUGUACUUUCUGUGUGAUUCUUGUCAACUGCAUGGCCGCUCCAUGGUUUCUUGUUGGAAAUGAUAUGGGCAUGGGUAUUCAGCAUCCGCCCAUGAGGGUGUACAUUUGUUGACCAUGUGUUACAUUGUAUCCUUUCUCCGAUGCACGGUAAUCUCCAACUUACUGCAAGUUUUCGGACAGUUCUGAGUUAUUUAGGCCCUCAGUAUUCGGCACAGCGUGUACCCUUGUCCGAUGACAUAUCAACCUGGCCUGGCCGGUUUAAUCUCUUGGAUC